AUGAGAUUAAUUCAUAUAUGCUUUAUUCUCACAAUUACAAAUGCAACUAAAUUUUUAGAUGAAAAACCAAUUUUAUUAGAGCAAGCAGAAGUUUAAAAUUUAUUUGAUUAACCAAAAUAACUAUUCACAGAAGAAUAAUUUGCUUAAUAUACUGAAUUUAGGCAAAAUAAUAAUGACCCCUUUGAUUAUUAAUCAGAAUAGAUCUCACCAUUAUAAACUGUUGAUGAAAAGCAAAUUUUACUAACUUAUGAAAAAGAUCUCUAACCUUAAGGUGAGUGCGUAAUAUUAUAUGCUGAAUGUGAAUUUAAAGGGACAUCUAAAAAAAUAUGCAAAGGAGUAGAGGAAGUGUUGAGCUUUUCUCUUCCUGUAUUUUCAAUUUAUAUACCUGAAUUGUAAAUAAACUCUCUCUAUCAAUAGAUAAUAGUUUUCAACUAUUGAUAUAAAUAGUAAUUCUUAAGUUACAUUUUUAACAAGCGAUAAAUGUUUAGAUCAACCUAUUGUGAUGGCUGAUUCUUAAUUAGAUUUUUUUAUUGCAAAAUCAAUGUAAAAUUGGAAAGGAGAAAGCAUAGGUAUUUAAUAACAAAUAUAUCAAAGGAGUGACUUAAUUAUUAUUAUAAUAAGAACAGGUAGAAAAUUAAGAAAAUACAGAUUAAUAAGUUUAACAAUUAGAAACUGUAGAUUAAUAACUAGACUCAUAGAUGAUAGAAUAAUCAGAUGCAAAUGUUGAGUAACAAAAUGACUAAUCAAUUGAAUAAUAAAAUGAGCAAUAGCCUGAAUAAUAAUAAUAAGAUGAAUAAUAGACAGCAGAAUAAUAAAUAGAAUAAUCAGCAGAUUAAUUAUAAGAAACAUCUUAAGAAAAAGAAUAACAAACUGAAUUAUAAAAUUAAGACGCUCUGUAAGAUUAAUAAGAAUAAAUUAAUAAUGUAUAAUCACCAGAAUAGGAUAAUUUAUCCUAAAUAUAAUAGGAAAACUAACAAGAAAACUUAUAAGAAAACUAAUAAGAAAACCUUGUUACUGGAUAAAAUUAAGAAAAUGAGAUAUAAAAUACAGAUUAAUCUUAAAAUUAAUUACAAUAAUUAACAGAAGCAGAAACAUAAAAUCAAUAAUCAGAAUAAUAAAAAGAAGAAUUAUAAGAAAAAUAAUUAGAAGAGGUUGUGGAAGCUGUUGAAUAAGUUGUAGAAUAAGUUUAAGAAAAAUAAUAGGAAGAAUUGGAGGCUGAAAAGUAAUAAUUACAAGAGGAAGAAUCAAAAGAAUAAUAGCAAACACAAUAAUAAUAAGGAUAAUUAGUUGAUGAUCUCCCAUAAAAUUAAGAGUCAGAAUAAUAGAAAACAGAAACAGCAGAACCACUUGUUGGGUAAUCAUAAUAUACAAAAUGA